AUGAGUCAAUAUUGUGCGGCGGACCCAAUACAGCGCAUGGUGAGCAGGAAGGGACCAUACCUAGAUACCCAACAACAGCGGGUCUACAAGCAUCGUAGCGGUACUGGUCAUGGUACCAACAUCAGGCAGCCAACUACAGGAAUUGUGGAGGCUACUUUCCUGCAGAACAACAGUGGUAUGAAUGCGGUGCAUCCAACAACAUUAAACGUACAGACACACAAUGCGCAUGCAACUGGACGGACCAUAGCUAAAUCUGUAGACACAAACUCAUGGGUGAACGAUUUCUCGUCCAUGAAAGUACAGGAUCCAUUAGAGUUUGCCGACAGCUAUAAGAAUCUAUAUAAGCAAUACGAACAGAAACAGUUUCACAACACAGUGCCGGCACAAUGUCCCAGAAACCUGUACAUACCAACUGUAACUCGGCCACAAACGACUCUUAAUAUUGUUGAUCAUCACGAGGACAAGAGCUCGGCAGUAGAUCAACUGAUAGAUGAUGAAUUCGAGAAAAUUGAAGAAGAAGUAAAGGACCAAAACCAGAAACUAGAAUUCCAAGAAAGUGCUCAAAGUUUUAUAGAGAUAUGCGAGCGUAGUCAAAUGAAGGAAAAACUUCAGAGGUCUAAAUUCUUUCAAGUUAUGCAAAAGGUAAGUGAUGGAGAGGCCACAAUCCGCCAGGAUGGUGAAAACUAUGUAAUAAGGUAA